AUGUUCGGUAUCGCGCCCGCCCGGCGUCCUGCGACGAGCGCGCACUGCGAGCAGCCGUCUGCGCGCCCGCGAGUGGCUGUGUGCGCUGGUCGGGACUGCCUGGCCUCUAAGGCCACCAGUAGCGAGGCGCCGGACCGCACUGUGAACGGCGCGGACGCAAGCUUCAAGGGGCGGCGAGCUGCGCUGGGGACGCUUGCACUCGCGGGCGCUGCAGCGGUCCUGCCUAGCUCCGUCGUCGUCCCAGCGGCGUCAGCCUCGAACGUCAACGACAAGGACUUCCUCACCACCGACUCAGGUCUGAAGAUCCUCGAGGUCCGCAAGGGCAAGGGCGACACGCCGCAGAAGGGCGACCGCGUGUCGGUGCACUGGGCUGGCUUCACGGCGGGAUACCAGGGCAAGCGCAUCGACAACACCUCCGUCCGGGACGAACCGUUCGAGUGGACGAUCGGCGACGGCACGGUGAUCAAGGCCUUCGAGGAGGCCGUGCAGCGCAUGCAGGCGGGCGGGCUCGUCCGGAUCGAGGUGCCCGGCGAGAAGGCCGAUCUCACGUACCCCGUAGACAAAAGCCAGAGGUUCGACGGCUUCAACCACUACCGGUACGGGCCCCAGCCGCACGACUUCGACGGGCAGCGGGCGCUGGACUUCGUGUACGACAACCCGACGCUGCAGCCGUUCAACCGCACGCUUGUGUUUGAUAUCAGUCUCCUGGCGGUCAGGAAGCAGCGGUAG